AUGGGGCUAGCUGGUAUGGCCAGGAUAAGCCAAGGCAAGCCAAAACCCACAAAGAACAAGAAAAAGAAAGCAAUUGCGACGAAUACCGGAAUGAUGGAUGGGACUUAUUUCGUCGGUAGAUCUGAGAUUCUUGCUUGGAUCAACUCCACUCUCCAUCUUAGUCUCUCUAAAGUCGAAGAGGCAUGUUCCGGUGCCGUUCAUUGCCAGCUAAUGGAUGCGGUUCAUCCAGGAAUAGUGCCGAUGCACAAAGUCAACUUCGAUGCCAAAAACGAAUACGAGAUGAUCCAAAAUUACAAAGUCCUCCAAGACGUCUUUAACAAACUCAAAAUCGCCAAGCAUAUUGAGGUGAGCAAGCUGGUGAAAGGUAGGCCGCUUGAUAAUCUGGAGUUCAUCCAAUGGAUGAAAAGAUACUGUGAUUCGGUCAAUGGUGGCGUUCUUCAUAAUUACAAUCCAGUGGAAAGAAGAGAGACUUGUAAAGGAGGAAAAGAAGCAGGCAAGAAAUCAGCACCACAGCAAUCCUCAACCAAGGGUUCAACUGCUGCUCCUAGACCUCCAUCUUCCCAUGCUCGAAGGAACAACAAUGAUGUUUCAUCAUCCGUGAACCCUUCCAGUCAAUCAGCAAAGAUUUCAUUCAAACCAUCGAUAGCAACGGCUGCUUAUGAUGAAAAGAUAACAGAAUUGAAGCUGUCUGUGGAUAGUCUUGAGAAAGAGAGGGAUUUCUACUUUGGAAAGUUGAGAGACAUUGAGAUUCUCUGCCAGAGUCCUGAAAUUGAAGAUUCACCGAUUGUUGCAGCUAUCCAAAGGAUUUUAUAUGCUACAGAUGGUGAUGCAUCAGUGGUGACUGAAGCUCAAGCCAUGGUGUCUCUUCACCCCAAGGAAGCAGAGGCCUUGAGUCCAAUUGCUGAGGUAUCAGAAGAAAAAGCCAGUUCUGAAACCCAGAAGAGGAAAAACAUUUUGAACAUUGAUGUUGAUGCUGCUGGAAUUACAACAUUGUCUCCAAGGCAAAGGCUCUCCGAUGCUUCUGAUGUCCACUGCAGUUGGUCACCUCUUAUGACUUACUGAUCAGCAAGCAGCUGUAGACUUUUAAGUUCUGCUUGACAAUACAGUUUUGUCAAAUUUCCUUUGCCAUAUAUAUCUGCAGUUCUGUCUGUUGUUUCAAUUAUAGUCCAACCAAUAGUGUUUAGCAUAGGACAUAAUGGUCGUCACCUGAAUUAUUAUCAAUGUCUGUUCAGAUUGCGUUGUGUAUUUGGAAGACAUGCUACUAUAUGUUUCCUUUCUGCUUCAGGAGGACAAACUUUAUGAUAUAAAACAUUUGCAGUUCACAAUAUGAUUAAAUAUGAUUUUGAUGAACAACAGGUUAGCCUUUGGUCAUAUCCUUGCCAGUAACCCAGUUGGCCCAGCAGGUGACUGCUUAAUUCAAUGGACAAAAGUUGUGACAAGAGAAAGAAAUCAAAGAGGAUAGCUGGGGUGAUAAAAGGAGAAAGAAAUAUAUUGACAAGAAGAAUAUGUUAAUGUGGGAAAUUUGCAAGAACUUGCAAAAACAGAAUAG